UUCCGGCCUCCAACCAGGGGAGUAAAACAAAAGGGAGGCGGGCGGCAGCGGCAGCGAGGAUUCGCGCUCUCCUCUACGGAGCGGGUUGCCGUCCUUCUCCGCCAUGUGGUGCCCAGCGACCCGCCCGCGCUUGGUGCCGAUGCUGCAGCAGCUGCUGCUGCUCCUUUUGGUCAACGGGGAGCUGCCGGGCGACGCCGAGGCUGCCGAGCGAGCCGCGCUGCUGAGCCCUUUCUUCGGCACCAAAUCCCGCUACGAAGAGCUGCACCCGUACCUUCAGCGGGACCCUCUGUCGCUCGGGCCGCCGCUCUCGGGCUUCCCGCUGCCGCCGGCUUCCUGCACGCCGCUUCAGCUGAGCGCCGUGGUCCGCCACGGCACGCGCUUCCCCACCCGCAAGCAGAUCGAGAAGCUGGCGAGCCUGCACGGCCUCCUCCUACGGGGCGGCGGCAGCGGCGGCGGCGGCGGCGGCAAGCGCUGCUCGGUGGCGGAGCGCCUGGCGCGCUGGGAGAUGUGGUACCAGCCGGAGAUGGACGGGAAGCUGGCCCCCAAAGGCUCGCAAGACAUGAGGAUGCUGGCCAAGCGUCUGGCCUGCCGCUUCCCCAGCCUCUUGGCUCCCGGGCGGCGCCUGGCCUUCACCAGCAGCUCCAAGCACCGGUGCGUGGAUAGCAGCCAAGCCUUCCGCGAAGGGCUCCGCGAGGCGCUUUACGGGCGGAUGAGCGACGGCGGGAAAAACGUUACAUUGACAGAAACAUUUGAAAUCAAUGAUAAAUUGAUGAGAUUUUUUGAUCACUGCGAAAAAUUUGUACGAGACGUUGAAGACAACGACACAGCCUUGUAUGAGGUUGACGCCUUUAAGGAAAGACCUGAGAUGAUGAAGAUAGUGAAUAAAACCGCACAUACUUUGUGUCUACCAGCAGACGACUUAAAUGCAGAUUUGGUUCAAGUGGCAUUUUUUACUUGCUCCUUUGGACUGAGUAUAAAAAACAUUAGCUCCCCCUGGUGUUUGCUGUUCAACAAAGAAGAUGCCAAGGCACUUGAGUAUCUGAAUGAUCUCAAACAGUAUUGGAAGAGAGCCUAUGGAUAUAAUAUUAACAGUCAGUCCAGCUGCGUACUUUUCCAAGAUAUCUUCAAAAAUUUGGACAAGGCAGUUUCAGAGAGUAAAAGGUCAAAACCUAUUUCUUCGCCGGUGAUCAUCCAAUUUGGACAUGCAGAAACUCUUCAGCCACUACUCUCACUCAUGGGCUAUUUUAAAGACAAAGUGCCUCUUAAUGCCAGCAACUAUCGCAGUCAGUCGAAACGCAAGUUCCGUAGUGGUCGUAUCGUCCCUUAUGCCGCCAACUUGUUAUUUGUGCUUUAUCAUUGUGAUCAAGCUAGUUCUCCUAAAGACGAGUAUAAAGUUCAAAUUCUUCUCAACGAGAAGCUCCUGCCAUUUACGUACUCGGGGAAAACCGUUUCUUUGUACACCAAACUGAAAAACCAUUAUAAACGUUCCCUUCAGAAUUGUGACUUUACCAAAGUGUGCAGUAUCAAAAAAAAUGGUACUAGCAUUAAUUCGUUAUAAAGGAACAUUGUAAAAAAAAAAGAUCACCAAUGUUUCAGCGUGUGCAUAUUUUUGGCAAAUGGUAAUAUUUUUGAUUUUGCUGUUAAGACUGGUGCACUGCUGAUGCUGCAGUAUUUAGAAAAGUCCUUAAAUGUAUAUUUUCAUUUUUUAAUAGUGGCAUCAAACCUGGAGCCUGAAAGAAAGAAAGGCAUACCGGAUAUUUCCAAAGCUUGAAAAAACUGAUGAUCUGUUCAUCAAAAAUAACUCUCUCUCUCCCUUUCCUAAAUCAGGAAUGAUUCAAAAGUAAUGCACAUUCAGCUUAUUCCAUUAUGCUGGCUGUGGUCUACUGUGAAUAGUUCUAGAGUUAAUGAAAAUGAAAAAUGGUUGCUGGAAUGCUACCUUAUUAAAAAAAAAAAGGUGGAUUUCAACAAGUAUUUCUUACAUUUGAUUCCAAGGGACUUUCACAUAUUCCUAUUAAUUUCAGGGGACUUUUGAGGCCGUGUGAAUUGCCUAAAUAUUUAUUUCUCUUUAUUCCAUUUCAAAGGUUUAGCAUACAUUUGGGCAGCCCAGUGGUAACUGACCAUUCCAUGAUGCAGUUGUUUGUUUUUAAUGGUAGACUUUGUCCAGUAAUAAUGUUCAUCUUUUAGGACCAGAAAAAGAAGGCUUGUGAACUUGCCAUUUGGACAAAGGCCAUUCCAGUUUCAGUAUUUAACUAUUCCAAUUGUCUUCUUCAAUAUUCAUAUUGAAGUUGAAGAAUUAGUGGAUUUUAUUCCAGAUUCAAAAAGAUAGUUAUUUUGUACAGCAGGUGAUUUAAAAAAACAACAACAUGAAAAAUGGCCUGAAAUUUUUGGGUGUGAAAGAGAGGACUUACAGUGGGAAAUGAGAAAUGUCUACCAUUCUAACUCCGAAACAUCACUUCAAACCCCAAAGACAACAUCAAACUUUUGAAAUAAAGUCCAUUUUGCUUCUGUA